CAUUACGCCUUUCAAAAUAAUCACUUUCACGGGUAUCUCUUAAAUAACCCGGAAGUGGCCCGGGGUAGGAAGGUCUUGGACUUGGGCUGUGGAUGCGGCGCCUCCGCCAUCGCUGCGGAAAUCACCGGCGCUGUUUACGUUUUAGCUAACGACGUAGAUCCAGUUGCAGCAAUCGCCACCAAACUGAACUGUGAAUUAAAUGGCUUAGAAUCCCUCCCCACUGAGACGGAGAACUUGAUUGGCACUGAGCCCAAGGGCUGGGACCUCAUCCUGCUUGGAGACAUGUUCUAUGAGGAGGUGCUGAUUGACAGCCUGCACACCUGGCUUCGGAGCUGCAUCCAGGCCCAUGGCACGCAGGUCCUGAUUGGAGACCCGGGACGGGCCCACCUGGAGAGCCACGUGAUUAGGAGACAUCUGCGUCUGCUAGCUAACUUUCAGCUUCCUGAAUCAAUUAGAGAAGAGAACUUUGGCCUCUCCAACAGCUGCGUGUGGAGCUAUCAGCCAGAGCUAUGACUUUGCCUAAAUACUGGUGCUAUAUAUAAUAUAUAAGUAUGUCUUAUUUACUAUAUAAAUUGGGUAGUGUGUGUGUGUGUGUAUCUUACAAAAAAACAGGUUGAAUCCUGAUGACAUUUCAGUGCAAAAUUCUUUAUUAACACAAACCACUGGGGUGCACACAAUACACAGAUCCACUUUUGAUAAAAUAACAGCACACCAAGUUAAUAAAUAUACUUACAAACACCUUUACAAUUAAUAAUACAUACGGAAUGUAAUACUCAUUGCUUCCCCAUAUCUUCCAGUUUCCCAGUGAUGUUACAGUAGUGCACAGGCGAGUAACAUUUAAAGAAUCACACUAAACACAUAAUCACAAAAGUUGGACUGCCCUUUACCUCAGCUUUGCAAACUAUUAUUUUUUUAAUUGCAGCAAUACGUACUGAGCACAAACGAAGCACUACCAGCAUUCAUGUUGGGUCACAUGGCACAUUCUUUAAAGAGAAUGUAUAAAGAUUGAUGGCCACUAGAGGUCACUGUACGGCUGCAUUAGCAUUUCCUUAACCUAUGACAGCAAAGAGCAGCACAUACUUUAUAGUUAGACGCAAAGGAUUAUAAAUGUACAAAAUGUAAACCCCAUUAUCAAAUACUUUAACAGUGUUUAAGCAGAACAUGUUCCACCACAGUUAAAUGUGCUGUAAUGCAAUAUGAAGUCAGGGGCACUUUUGAAACAAAGCUACAUGCUACACUGAAGGAUUGAAGUCACUGCAUGAAACAUGUUGGUUAAGUCAUGAAGAACUUAAGUUAGGGUAUGAAGUAAGACUCGGUGAUCUGUAUUUAAAUAAACACUAAAUGUGUCGAAAUGAACCAGAUAAUGCUA